UUGGCGAAUACUUUACAGACUUUAAUAUUCACGAUUACAAUGUAUUUUCUAAAUAUUUUUUACAACGUUGAACUACGCUUUAUAUUUCAAUUGCACAUUUUUUUUAAUAUUUUAAGCCCACCUCUCACCUGAAGUUAGCUCGGAUUGACUCCAGCUCAACCGUGACCCUUGUGAGGACGAGCGCUAAAGAUGGAUGGAUGCUACCUAGCGCCUCAAAGUGCCAUCGACUUGAAAGAGUAAUGUAAGCUCAUCACAAUGGAAAAAGAGCGACCAACUGACAAGACUCCUCCAUUCAUUGAAAAACACUUUAAAGAGAGUUUACUCAACAAAAUAAGGAUCCGGCCCGAAGUCCAGAGGGUCCUGAAUAAUUCCGGCAAAGCCGUCGUGAGACUGGAGCGUUUGAACCUGCAGCCGCUAGCGUCUGUGGUGCAGGUGCCGUGCCAAAAACGAGCCGAGCUCUAUGAAGAAAACUUUAAUUGUCCUUGGGAGAAUGAAGUCAGUCCAGUUGCAUCUGACAUCGUGGAGAUUCAAGAGACAGAGGAGGACAGCACAACAACAAUCCGGAUGGGAGAACUUCAUCCGGACGGCUCUCCAAACCCGGAUCCACCGUAUAUUCUGGUUCAUUCCGGCAAGGCUGAGCCAGACACCUUCUACGUGGAUCCCGACCGGGAGAUGAUCAUGGUGCUGGAGCUGGAGCCAGAUCAGACACAGGAGUCCAAAUGCGGAGAGCCGUCUCCACCCCGGGAAGCGGCUCAAAACAGCGGAGGCGAGAAGAAGGACAGUGAAGACUUCUGCGCUGUGUGUCUCAAUGGAGGAGAUCUGCUGUGCUGUGAUCUUUGUCCCAAAGUUUACCACUUGGCCUGUCACCUUCCUUCACUGAUCACCUUCCCCACGGGUGACUGGGCGUGUACAUUGUGCAGGACCGAGCGCCACCCGGCCGAGAACAUCCACCGAGAGGGAGUUGAACCUCCUUAUGCUCUGUCCCGCCAUGAUCAGAGGAGAUGUGAGAAGUUGACCUUACUGCUGUACGUUCACCCGCUAAGCGCCCCUUUCCACGAGCCCGUCAGCCGUCUGGCUAGGAACUACUACCAGGUCAUUAAGAAGCCCAUGGACCUUUCGCUGAUCCGCAAGAAACUGGACAAGAGCAACACUCUGCACUACUUCAUGCCAGAGCACUUUGUCCACGACGUCCUGCUCAUGCUCAAGAACUGUGCAACCUUUAACUACGUAGGUUGAGUUUUGCAAUGCUGUAUUGUUUAGUUUUUUUCCUUCCGUACAUGGAUCAUGCACUACAGUGAAGAAAAUAAGUAUUUGAACACCCUGCUAUAUUGCAAG